AAAUGAAAAAUUAAGCAUUCGGAUUGGUCAAUAAGUUGUCUGUUCCAUUCUUUUGACGAGUUGCGCAAAAAUUAGCAUUUUUGACUCUCACUCAUCACGGCUGCCAUGUUUUUUUUCAUGUGGGGUGUGUGUGUAUAAAAUAUAUAAUGUUAAUUUAACCCCAUAUAAAUUAUUACAGGUGAGUGGGGUGCAACGAGUGCGUCAUUUGCGAAAAUAGCUAGUGACAAUGCGAUUGCACAUGCAUUAGACGCGGUACCGUCUAAAAUCGAACCGCAAGCAAAGAAUACGCCAAAGAAAUUAAUGAUGUAUUAGUACGAAGGUAUUCUUAAGGAUCGAUUUUAAUCACACGGCCCACGGCAAUUGUAAAAUGGACCCUCGAUUUUUGAGCCAGAUGAUGGUGUUAGAUAACGGCAGAGAGUAUCCCGGGCAGCAUGCGUAAGCACAAGAGAGAGAGCCAGGCACUUGCCUGCAGGCCCGCCACAUCCCGAGAACGCAACCACACUUCAAGCUCCUUCAUCUGAUACCCACACAAGCCACACAGAGGAUAUGCAGUGCUCGGUAACAUUGGAAAGAGACGUAAACGGUGGGAAAAUAGUGAAGAUGGUUAACAAUGUUAAGAAUACUAGCAAAAAGGACUACAAUCUUGACAACAUUGUUGAUCAACAGUGCACAAGAUACCAAGACACCCAGGAACAAAGUAGCACGCUUCGUGCAGGCAUGCCCACUUGUUCAGUGGACCAGACAGAGGCCGUACGUCGAUAUUACGCUGCUUUCCCGGCGCUGAAGAAAGGUCAAGAGUCGCCGCUGCAGUACUAUCUACCGCCGCCCGCUUGGUGUCGCAAGUCAGACGCAGAUCUAAAAGUCAACAUGCAAAGUGAACUGUCUAUGAUCAGUAAAGAUUGGAACUCCAAGAAGAAGUUUUCCACCGGAAAGGAACGUCGCAACUCUUACCACGGGCAGAGGAAAAAUAACAAGAAACGCUGCAAUAGUUACAGUCGGUCUUUUGAAAGUAAGGAGCUGCCGGAGUGGGUCACGCACGAGGGUGUCUGGGACAUGGACACGCAGGACCCCGUCAAGGAGUUCAUCAGGGCUAUAGCGCUCGACGAGGGCUACGGCACUUGCGAGAACACCGUCACGGACGAACUGAAGGAGAUAGCUCAGGUCAAGUUCAGACUGAACGAGAGCAUGGUGCCAGCGUGGGACAGCCUCGAUCUAGAUGCCGAGUGGGUCAUCAGCGACGACCUCAACCCGAGGGUCCGCACCCCCAUGGAGGACGAGAUGUACGCGAAGUUCGAGGCCAAGUUCGACCGCUCGAUCGAAGCUCUGUGGAAAGAUCAGAAUACUCCGGAUGACGAGUACCAGGAUCUGCCGAUAGAUUUUCAGGACCUGCUGUCUUCGCCGUCGGACAAUCUGUUCGCGGAUCCUUCGGUGGAGAAGAGCAUGAUUAGUUUGACCGAGAGCAUCUGGUCGAACGCGUCGGAGCGCGAGACUCCGUCGCGGCUGGCGGAGGCGCUGCACGACCGUCUAAGGCCGCUGCAGCUGGCGGAGGCGGAGGCGGGAGCGGGAGCGGGCGCGGGCGCGGACCCGGCCGACUCUUUCGCAGUCUACUCGGAGGUGGACAUCUACGACGCGGCCGAGAACGUGGCCAGCACCAUGCGCUCGCUCACCGCCAUCAACCACAGCCGCGACCGUAGCGGCUUCGUCGAGGUGCCCCCGCGGUCCCGCCCUCGGCCGCCGGCCGCAGCCCCGGCCGCGGAGCCCGCGCCCCCGCCCCCGCGCCCCGCCUCCGACCUGCUGACCUCCGCGCGCACGCACUUCCGCCCCAUCGAGCGCGACGCGGGCGCCGCCUACCGGGACGGCGACACCUUCGACAUCCGCGGCGACCUCGACCCCGUGCCCUUCCGGCGCAGCGACUCCGGCGGCGUCUACAUCGAGGGCGCCGGGGAGCGCUACCUCGAGUACCGCGGCGACAAGACCAUCGACUACGGCCGCCUCCGCCUCACCGCCGCGCAGCGCUGCCCCGACUUGGACGACGACGCGUUCAAGCUGCGCUUCCCUCUCCGGCAGCGGGACGCCGCGGUCCAAACCGACCGCGCCGAACUCUGGUGCGAGGACUGCGGCGGGUCCGCCAAGAAGAAACGCCCGAGCGCCAUGGAGAGCAUCUGGAUCUGGAGCGCCUGCGACUCCUGUCCGGCCGAGCCCGUGCCGAGACCCGCGCUCGCUCCGGACGAGCUGACGCGCGACUGGGAGGAGCUGCUCUCGGACAUAAGCGCGGCGCACGCCGGGUACGCCGCGCCGGAGGCCCCGGACCGCAAGCGGAGGCACUCGGCGGCGCUGCGCUGCGCGGCCGCGUGCUCGCACCCGCACGCGCGCUUCCUCGCGUGCUGCACGCUCCUCGACCGCCCGCUCACGCGCUAAUUCCACCACGCCGGGAAACUCGGCUCGCCCGUGCGGCCCCUGCACUUGAAACUGAACCACUGAGGACCCGUCGAGAG